AUGACGAGUUCUCGUGCUGUCGAUUCGGGCGGCAGCCUGGGCAGCAGAACCUUGCUUGACAAGAUCGACAAACUGCGCGAGCUCGGGAUCGCGGGUCAGGUACCAUUGCCACAGAUGGUGGUGGUCGGCGAUCAAAGCGCUGGAAAGUCCAGCGUCCUCGAGUCCUUGACUGGCUUUCACCUCCCUCGUUCCGUGAGCCUGUGCACCCGCCAUGCCACGGAAAUCAUUUGUCGUCGCGAGGACAGCCAGAGCGUCACAGUGUCCAUUGUCCCGCACUCCCCAGACCCCAAGAAGUUAGAGAGGGCACAGACGUUCCGCCGCACUCUCGAAACACUCCAGGACGAUGGGUUCGAGUCCAUUUUCGAAGAGGCAGCUGAGAUCAUGGGAAUCGACCUCGGCAAAGAUAAGAUCAAGGCUGGCAGUGCGUUCAGCAAGGACGUCCUCCGCGUGGAGAUCAGCGGCCCCAAUGAGCAGCAUCUCACUGUCAUUGAUGUCCCAGGCAUGUUUGAGAACGAAACACCUGGACUCACGACGACUUCGGACAUUGAGCUGGUCAAGACCAUGGUGGAAGGGUACAUUCGCGAGUCGCGCACCAUCAUCCUGGCCGUGGUCCCAUGUAAUGGUGAUAUCGCAAAUCAGAAGAUUCUGCGGUACGCUGCGGACGCAGACCCAGAGGGAAAAAGGACCCUAGGCGUCCUGACCAAGCCCGACUUGGCCGUCGAAGAGGCCACGAAAAAGGUCGUGGUCGACCUUGUCAACGGAAAGCGCCGUGAUCUCGCUCUUGGAUAUUGCGUGGUCAAGAACCGAGGCGCGGACGACAGCUCCACCGACAUGGAGGAGCGCCAUCAGAAGGAGAAGGCCUUUUUUGCACAGCAUCCUUGGAGCGCCCUCCCCGAUGAUCGGCUGGGCAUCCCAGCACUGCGCGCUCGUAUCCAAGGGCUCCUCAUGAGCCGCACGAAGAGUGAGAUUCCCAAGGUGAAAGAGGAAAUCGCCGCCCGCCUUAAGGCCAAGAAGCAGCUUUUGGAAGCGAUGGGUGCGUCUCACUCCACCCCAGAGGAACAGAGGGCUCUGCUCGGUAAGGUCGCCUCUCGCUUUGUUCAGUUGAAGGGCUACGCUCUGGACGCGUACUACACGCGCGACACUGUCUUCCAAGAGCAGCCUGACCUGAAGCUCAUCACCCGCAUGCGCGAGCUCAAUGAAGUUUUCUCCAAGACAUUGUACGGAGCAGGACAUACUCGCAUCUUUGUUGGUGCGACAUCGCCCCUGAAAGCCCAUCCGGUAAAUGGUAAUGGAAGGACUCUUGAGCCAGGCAGCGAAAGCAUGUCCGCCUCUGAGGACGGCGAGUCUGAAGGGGGAAGCAUCCGCGAUGAGUUCUAUUACGUCGACUGCACCUUUGCCAUCCCCAAUGACGACCAGGGCGAGUUAGAGACUGUGCUGGCCGACCCUUACGACUGUACUUCACCCUUAGAGGACGACAUUCUUCAACACAUUGAAGACGAGUACCUCGCGUCUCGCGGGUACGAGCUGGGCACUUUUGGUGCCGAAGUCGUGUCAGGAAUCUUCAAGGAACAGGCCAAGAAGUGGCGGCCCCUGACGCGAGCCCACGUAUCCAAUGCUAUCCUCGUUGUACAUCACUUCAUCAAGUCCAUUCUCGAGGUAGCUUGCCCCGAGGAGACGAUCCGCUCCUCACUGUGGAUAUUUCUCAGCGACGAGCUGCUGCAGCGUUACCAAGCUGCCAUGGAGCACACGGAGCUCCUACUCGGCGUGGAGUUUCAGGGGCGGGCAAUGACCUACAACCCUGCGUUUGAGAAAGCUCUCGCCCGCACCAAGACUGAGCGUGUCAAGAACAUGCAUACCGAGGAGAAGAAAUUCUUUUGCUGGGGAAAACAGAAUUAUGUGCUCUCGGACACUGCCGUUGUAGACAAGCUGACUUCGCUCUUUAACAAACACAUUGGGGGCAACGACCCGAUCAAGAAGACGCGUCAGGAUAUCCACGACGUACUCCAUGAGUACUACAAGAUUGCGCGCGACCGCUUCGUGGACGUUGUCUGCCAGCAGGUGGUGGACCAUUGCCUUCUCCUUGGGCCUCGCAGCCCCCUUUCCGUGCUAAGUGACCAGCUCGUUCUGCAGAUGAAGCCUGCCGAACUCGAGGAAGUGGCCGGUGAGGACGUCACGAGUCGCGACCGCCGUGAGGCGCUGACGCGGGAAAUUGACGGUCUGAACAAGGCCCUGAAGAUUCUACGCUUCUGA